AUGACUCACGAGUCCGUCUGGUACAGCCGCCCCCGCAAGUACGGCAAGGGUUCCCGUCAAUGCCGUGUCUGCUCCCACCGCGCUGGUCUGAUCCGCAAGUACGGUGUAUGUGAACCGAUUCCCUUUGUUCGAGAUUUGGACAUGGGAAAUAAAUAUGGAGGACGAAUGGACAUCUGCCGUCAGUGCUUCCGUGAGAAGGCCUCCGACAUUGGUUUCUACAAGUACCGAUAA